UCCGCGACUCUCUUUUCCUUCCCGAGCGAUCGUUGAUUUCCCCCAAGAAUCCAUCUCUCCUUCACCUCUCCGCUCCCCGAAAACAUCGAUUCUUGCACGAUUCGCCAUCCGUUAUGCGCCCCUUUCUUCGGGGACCGUAAGUUUUACUUCUCGUCGUCUUCUGAUAUCCAACAACGAAUUGGAGAAGCCGCGAAGGAGGCUCGGUUCGUGCGGGAAUUUUGUCGCUUAGGGUUUCGAAUCCUUCGAAGGUCAUGGGACGAUGGCUGUUGGUCAAGGUCUUGGUUUUGAUCGGAUUAUUCGUCGUUUCAGGAGGAAGAGUAAUUAAGAUGAAGCAUGAGGUUGAAGGCCCUGUCUACAAUCAAACUAUCGUCAAGAUUCUCGUCGAAUAUGCCUCUGCUGUCUAUAUGACAGAUUUAACCGAACUUUUUACAUGGACUUGCUCAAGAUGUAAUGGUCUGACAAAGGGAUUCGAGAUGAUAGAGCUUAUUGUUGAUGUCCAGAACUGUUUACAGGCAUUUGUUGGAGUUUCUCCUGAUCUGAAUUCAAUUAUUAUUGCUUUCAGAGGCACACAAGAACACAGCAUAUGUAAUUGGAUUGAAGACUUGUUCUGGAAGCAGCUGGAUCUUAACUACCCUGGCAUGCCAGAUGCAAUGGUGCACCAUGGGUUUUAUUCUGCUUACCAUAACACUACACUGCGUCAUGGGAUCCUAAAUGCUGUUCAAAGGGCUAGGGAGGCAUAUGGAAACAUCCACAUUUUCGUUACAGGGCAUUCAAUGGGAGGGGCUCUAGCUUCCUUUUGUGCACUUGAUCUUACUAUUAAACAUGGAAUAGAAGACAUUCAGCUCGUGACAUUUGGACAGCCUCGUAUAGGCAAUGCAGCUUUUUCCAAUUAUUUCAUCAGACAUGUACCACAUACAGUUCGUGUGACUCAUGCAAAUGACAUUGUGCCACACUUACCGCCAUAUUAUUCCCAUUUUCAACGAAAGACAUACCAUCACUUUGCAAGAGAGGUUUGGCUCCAAGACAUUGAAGUAGAAAGCCUUGUAUACUCAGUUGAGAAGAUCUGUGAUGGAUCUGGAGAAGACCCUUCUUGUAGCAGAUCUGUUUCCGGGAACAGCAUAGCGGACCAUCUCAAAUAUUAUGACAUCGAUUUACAGGCUGAUUCUUUGGGAUCUUGCAAAAUCGUUAUGAAUACUAGCACCACACGGUACCAUGUAGAUGACAGUGGUAAUAUUAUGCUAUCAAAGGAUCAUCUUUCUCCAUCAUUUGUUGAACUUAAUUCUCUUGUACUAUAAAUACAAAGUGGCAGUUCUGUGUCGUGAUCCUCUCUUUAUUUUGAGGAUGAAAUGCUUGUAUAUAUAUCGUAUAUGGUGUAAUUUCUUCUUUUUCUUUUCCUAUUGAUUCAAGAAUGUAUAUAUGCACACAUCCUAAAAAUUAAUUGUUCUUGAUUGAAUAAAUUCUCUCCAUUAUUUGCUCGUA